AAUAGGCCUCCAAGAAAUAUCUUGGCCCGUCACUGCAUAAGCUUCAUCUUCUUCCUCACUCCAACGGUGAAAAUGGAAACCCCAAGAGUGCGCUGCAAUUCCACCGACGGAAUGGACUCUGCAGUUUCAGAUAACGAUGCUACUGAAGAUAACCCUAAAGGCGAGCAAUCUAUACCCAAAAACGAUAUCAAAAAAAGCAGCGAUGCAUUAGCAAAGGCGUUAUCUACGAUGUUAGGCAGUAUUAUUAGAGAUUUCGAUUCUAAAGCUGAAGACACUUUCAAAAGCCAAGACCUCCUUAAUUCCUCUAUCGAUCGUCUUACUGCAGAGCUUGACAAAUUGUUAGAAGAUGCGCCUUUUCCGUUCAUUAUGCAACAUGCUGCGAAGAUUUCAGCAGUUAGAAAGAGAGUUUCGUCGUUGAAUUUUCUUCUAAAAUCUAUGCAGAAACGUAUUGAUAAUAUAGAUCGAGUGCUUUCGUUGGGUCUUCCACAAGGGAGAGCAGCAGCAACAUCUAACCCUGGCAAUAUAUCCACCGCGAAUUGAAAUUUGUGAGAACUCCUAUCAUAAUCAAAAAGAGGCUGGAGAGUGUACUGAGCUACUAAAAUCGCUCACCGCAGCAAACAAAGAUUUUUGAAGUUAACUUGUUGCUUUUCUUUUAUUGAUUAAGAAGCUAAUUUUGCAAGUCAAGGAGUGUGCAAACUUUUUGUAAAGUCCAAUCUACCACUGUGGCAGCAGAGCUUGCUAUUAAUGGUACAACGAGUGAUUAGUUUCUGAGUGUAUGCUUAUUAUAAGAUUAAAUUGGGGAAGUAUUUUUCAGCUUGGUUCUUCAGCCUACAUCUGAUCAUUGGAAUUGUUACUCGGGAGGUUUCAUAUGCUUGAAGGAAAUAAAUGUUAUCUAGAUAUGCUCUGUUAGGUCAAAUCUAAUCUUAGGCGAUUGUGCUCCAGGCGGGCGCUCUCACAGGGGAACGUUUUGGAAGUGUACUCCAUUGCUCGCUCAAGCCUUCAGGUGCUGGGAAGUAUAUUGUGGACAGCUGAUGCAUGUAAUGAGGGAACUCCAGAGACUUGUAGUCAAUUUAAUAGCAAUCAAAACUCAAAACCGUUUUACCAGUCAA